CUGGGCAGGGAGUGGUGCGAGGGCAGCGGGCACGAUGCGAUGCCCGACUGAGGCGGGGGCGCCGGUUCGGGCCUGCAGCGCUUCAGUUGGGAGGGAAGGAUGGAGCUUGGUGUCCUUCGGAAGGGCGAUGAAAGGAAAAAAGACACGAUCCUAUUCUGAAGAUUUAAGUGUGGCUCCAGUGGAAGAACAGGCAAAGACAAAAUCCGCUAACACAUACAGACUGGAGUCACGUAAUAAAUUUCGGGAUUGUUUAGUAAGAGACAAAGCUCAACAAAUACUAACGAGUAAACUUCAACAAGCCAACUACGAUGGAGUUUCUAGUCCCUUCUUGUGUGCUUCAAUCUCAGAAGAAAUAUUAAAGGCUGUGAAGGAAUUUGGCUUUGACCGUUAUAAAUAUGUGGUAUCAGUGCUAAUUGUGGAAAAGACAGAUCAGGCAAUGAUUGUUGCCAGCAGAUGCCUCUGGGAUGUUCAAAGAGACAAUUGGGUUUCAGCUAAAUGUGAAACUGAAACAUUCAUUGCGCUGGCUUUGGUAAUGGCUUGUUAUUACGACUAAUACUUUGAAAGCCACAGAUGGAUUCGUGCAUCACAGUACAUGGUACAUUUAAAAAUUUUCAGAGAAUCAUUAUUUUAGUAUUCAUUUUUAUCCUAUUGCUGUUGGCACAUUGAAACUGACAUACAGUUGAGAUAAUUUUCUUCUUUUUUUCUCUGUAAAGAAAAAAACCAACCCCCCCAAAAAAAACUUUGGAACAUAUGUACAUGACUACAUAUGGGUUUCGUCUGUUUAAUGCUCUGCUGUGGAAGUGAAAGCAGCUGGUGUUAAGGCCAAACAUUGGAAAAUUUUGAAUGCUGCUUGUCUGUUGUGUACCUAGGACUGUUAACGAAUGUUUAUAUGAAAUUGCAGGUAUCAGUUUUCUUAAAGCAUGUUUUUUGUAAAAAAA